AUGAAGGAAAAUCUCCUUGUGAUAUUAUUUCUGUCCAUACAAUGCUCUCCAUCGACUUCACUCAGCGGUCUUAGUAUCCUUAAUUCGGCAAGCAACAAAGUUGGAUAUCUGAAUUCUGGUCUUGGCAUGAUCUCGCGCUCAAAAAGCGUCAAUGCAGCGUCCCAGAUGUUACGAGGUGAGGACGAUGCCGCAGUUAGAGAAAGUUUGGCUCAGGCUGUCACAACUUUAGCAGUUCUCGACAUCGGAGGAGGAGCGUUGGUCCCGGUAACACAACAUAUUAUUGAUACUAUAACGACCGAUAGUGCGUUCAAGGCGACAAGAGACGCCUGGGGAGUCUACAGAGAAGGUCUGGAGGAGACUUUCAAGCAGAACUUCAAAAGGUUGCCAGAGAGUGCUGUAAAACGACUUCUGACCAACAAAAAGAACCAAGUGCUAAACGCCUUCGAAACGGACUUGGGGAAGGUACAUAAUAUACCAAAAUAUAGCAAGACAAUGAAGUACAUCAACCGAGCAAAACGAUGGUUUCGCGCGAAAACCGCAGCCAAAGUGCUGGGACCCUUGUUUGAUUGCAUCGGAAUUGGAGUCAAUUCAUGGGCCCUACAAACAGCUAUCAGGGACUGCAACGAUAACCCCAGGACCUGCAAUAAAGGAGCGAUCGCCUCUGCUUCCCUUGGAAUUGUUUCUGGUGUCGUUGGCGUGGGAGUCUUCGUCGCUACCCUUGUUGUCUCAUCAUCAGUAUCGGCAGUCCUUGGUCCAGUUGGUGCGCUUGUAUCGUUCACACUCGCAAUAUGCGCAACGUUAAUCGAGCUGUUUUAUAAGCCUCCAGUCGAUGAAGAAGAACUUCGGUACCAAAAGACAAUCCAGAUGAUCCAGGUACUGGAAAGUUAUUCAAGGCGACAACUUUAUAGCGCAAACAAGUUCAUGGCCUACAACAACAUCACAAGAGGUGACCUCUAUGUUGUCAACCAAGGACAGUUACCGUUGUGGAUUGACAAAAACGAUAAGCUUAAAUUUGGGAAGUCUGAGUCAGAAAAUCCAAGAAAAAUCAUCAACUUUCGCGGCACUUGUAAAUCUGGAUAUAACUGGCGUGUACAUGGUCGUUUGACGGGUCCCGGUGGUAAGUACAACCCCAGACAUUGUCCUUUGCUCGUUGACGGGAAGAACAUCGAGGCACGCGAUGAUGAUGAUAAUGUUGGCUACGGAUUCUAUGGUUUCACAACCGACGCUCGCGACCUUACACACCAUCAACUUUUGCAGCCAGAUCAAGAGUACAACGGCUCCAUUAUUCUCGUUAACACCGACGCGGUUCAAAGUUCUGAAUUAAAAAAAGAGGACUUGGACGACCCUCUUAGAGGUAUUGAAAUCGACACCGCUAAGAAGGGCAACUAUGAGGCAUAUGAUGACGUUGUUGCCCUCGGAAACAUGAAAAACCUUCACAGGUCGGCAAAAGUUACAAUACGAACGGGACUAGGGAACGACGUUUUGAACAUCGAUGGAUUUAUUGGCCAAGAAGCGGAUCGGUUGGACGCGGAGUUGGGGCCUGGAUUCAACACGUUAUCAUUUCUUGGCAUGUCUGAAAAUAUCUCUGAGAUCUCAGGAAUGACUUACAAUGCCGACGACGGCACAGUCAAUCUGUAUCUUACAGGAAUCGGUUUACUACGUGUUGGCGUUGUUAAACCAGUUUCAGUUUUGGGCGCUUCUCCAUUUAUUGCUGAUAUGAUCCAUUUGUUUGCGCAUGAAAAGGCGGAGAAUGGCGAUGAUUUCACAGUUGUUAAGUUCAAAGGAAAAGGAGUUUAUGUGAUAGAAAUAAAUAAGGUGGCACGUUUGUCAUUUGUACCACAUUUUAAAAUCAUUGACACCACAGACAAUGGUCAAGAAGGAAAAAAUAAAUGCCAAAAUCAUUACCCUCUUCUAAGCCUGCUCACCUUUCACAUGUCAGCUGUCGCCAAUGAUAUUCUUUAUAAUGGAACUCAUAUCAAUAUUUAUGGAAAAGGCCUAAGAGAAAAGAAGCGGAAGCGGGAUACAACAGACACUGUAGAUAACUCACACGUGUCACCCCUCUCAAGAAGAUGUUCUGGUGAGCCUGAAGAUGGUAGUCACCCCAUUGGAGGAAGGAAUGGUAAAAGGUUACUUUUAACUGUAUCAUUCCACACAAAAUGUCCAGGAAAGGUGGAAGCUGACAAUGAAUACGGCGGAUGCGUGAUGAAAACCAGGUUAGUUUCAGAACUUGACUCGGUAUUUUUUGACGGGGAAAGUCUUUCAAGUAAUUUUGGAGAAGAUGUUCAAAGCAGCCAACCACGUCUUUGGAAGGCCGAUGUCUGCAUACUGAAGUGUCCCCAACGACAGGUGACACGCUCUACAACAAUAAACCUUGGAAGAGGUACUGAUUAUCUUGUCAUCAAAAAUGAUUUGUUCCUCGAUCCUUGUGGAAUCGACGGAGAAGAAUCAGAUAUGAUCUUGAAGAGGAAAGAUGGGGAUACUUGGGAGCUGGAAUUCACUGGCGAACACGACAAGUUCACUGGCAGUGGCAAAAAACAUCUCCUAAAAGGCGUCAAGUGGAUCGUGAAUGAAUACGGCCACAAGAUAGUCGACUUAGAAGAAGUAAGGGAGGAUGUGAUCAACCUGUUUGAUGAGUACACUCGGAAGACUGCAAUGGAUAUUGGCAAUCAAGUACGCCAUGAGCAAACUGAUGAAGUUGCUGAUACCUUGACGGAGUGUCUGCAAAACCAAACGACACAAGGUCUGGCUAAUAUUUGCAAAACAGACUGA